AUGCAACAUUUCUAAGAACCAGCUGGGUAAAUUUGCCAAUAAUCUUUGGCUGAAGAGCUGCGUGCCUAUAAAAGUCGAUUCUGCCAGAUGGUUAAACCAACCCGAAAUCAGACAUUCCAAGAUGAGAGCAGCAACCAUUCUAUCCGUAAUUCUCCUCCUGGCAGUCGGGCUUCCGAGGAGCAGCGAUGCGGUGACCUGCACCGCCGACCCCACCGUCUCAGGAUGCAUCAACUGCACCACCAAUCCCACCGAUGCCGAGUGCGUGGCCGAGGCAGCUGCUUCCUCCAGCACCUCCACCACAACCACAGCGGCGCCCACUACCACUCCCUCGGCAGCGAGUGCUGAUACAGUGGCCUCCACUUCUGCCUCCAAAACCUCAGGCGGAAAACCGAAGUACUUUCGUAUAAGCAAUUUGCGUUUUAACAGAACCAGUCGCAUCCGCAUCAAGGGCAAGAGAAACCGCUCCAGCAGCAGCACAUCCCAACGCAACCGAAGGCGUCGGAACAAUUUCAGGCGCUCUAAUCUGAGGAGGGCCAACGGAAAUGUUAUUAUCAUCGGUUAG